GAACACGCGGUGCAUAAGCGAACGAAAUUAGCAGGAAACUGAAACCAAACGCUUCAGCCAAACAACUUCAAUUGCCAUGAUUGGUGCCCUUGCAGCCGUUGGAUCUCCACCCUGCCCCGCUCUGGGUGUGCACAACCAGACAGGAUUUUUCUUCAGCACUCUCUUUAAUCAAAGGCGCAAUGUCACAUGAUAGCGUUUAUGCUGACUUGCACGCUGGACUGUUUCUCCUUUAACUUAUGUCAAUUUUCGCAGCUAGGCCGGUGCAUGGGAAUGUGGUCAGGCAUCAGAAGGUCUCCUCAGUUUCGAGCAGCAGCUUCAGGUGCGAAGCCUGGUGUGCGGCUGGCGACCUCUGAACAAAUCGUUGGGUUUACCAUCAAGGAGUACAAAGGUCUUGUCAUGGGCUCCACGGUGCGCGCAAAAGAUGUCACGAAAGACAUAACCAGCGCUAUCACAGCGGUCUUUGGUGGGGAGCUUCCUCACUAUACACAGUUGAUGCAGGAUGCACGUGAAGAGGCAAUGUCACGCUUGGAGGACGAAGCAGUGAAGCUCGGCGCGAAUGCGGUUGUGAGCUUGAGACUCUCCUCAACCAACAUUGCGGCUAGCAUAGUGAUUCUAGCCAACUCUUCUGAAGUUAUGGUUUAUGGGACUGCUGUGGUCAUUGAGUGAUGCAAGAGUAAAAGAGCAAACAAGAAAAACUUUUGCACGAAGUGGAGGUCUGAAUGGCAUAAGCCAAACUUAGAUUUCUGCGCUUUGCGGGACGCGCGCGUGGCAAAGGCCCAACGAUCUUGAUAUCAGAAUCAGAAGGGCUGUAGGGCACGUGUGAGGUCCUUUCCAUGUGGUAACUUGGCCAUGCCGUUGCUGGCAAGGUGUUGUUGCCGUAAUCCUUCGUUCGGUUUGGCGAGAAUUUGACUCGCCAGUCAAGAGCAAACCGUAGGGUUGGCUCACAAUGCUGUUGCCCUGGCUUGCAUUGCGC